AUGAAACAGUCGGAUGUUUUAUUCAUCAAAGAGGAUUCAACGAAAUUAUCACUGAGCAUUAAAUUAACUUAUACUUCAGCGAUAAUUUCAUUAUUGUGUAUUGUUUCUAUGAUUAUUAUAUUGCCAACUCUGUGCCUGAAAUUGGAUUAUGCAUCCAGUCGACUUACGAAACGAAUGAAUAAUUUUGAUGUAACUUCAAAAAGUUUAUGGCAUGAUAUCAUUUUGAUUAAAAGUAAUGGACGAAUUAAACGUCAAGGUUGGAUGAAUGAUUUUUUCGGUUAUGGUGAAACAUCAUUAAUGAAUUCUGGAGAAAAUGAAGGGCAAUGCAGUAGUUGUGUAGAGCUACGGUGUCCGCCUGGUGCACUAGGGCCACCAGGAGCAGAUGGAGAGGAUGGCGUAAAUGGUGAACCUGGAAGACCUGGAAAACCUGGAUUGGAUGGUUUGGAUAUCCCGCUGGAACCGGAACCUAGUUCACCUUGCGUGAUUUGUCCAGCAGGACCACCAGGAAAUAGAGGACAACAAGGAGAACCAGGAAGGCCUGGAAUACCCGGUGAACCAGGUCAUCAUGGUAUACCUGGAAGACCAGGCAAAGGAGGCAGAGUAGGUGAUCCUGGACCACCCGGUCCUCCUGGUGAAGCAGGUGAACCCGGCAUUAAGGGUUCACCUGGUGAUGAUGCAAUCGGUGGAACAGGAAUCAAAGGUCCACCAGGACCACAAGGACCUCGCGGACCCAAAGGUCCACCAGGACCAACUGGAAUACCAUCUAGCAAUUUUGGACCACCAGGACCUCCCGGUGAAAUGGGACCAACCGGACCACCCGGCAAACGAGGUGAACCAGGACCAAAUGGACCACUUGGAUCACCUGGCGAACGUGGUCAACCUGGUGGCCAUUGCAAAUCGUCAUGUGGGAUUCAAGAAGUUGUAGCGCCAUCAAUUGUUGAAUUGGAUACUUAUAAUCCGAGAGAAGUUGCAAGGAAUAAUUGGAAAAUGUCCGGAAAAAGAAAUUAUAAACUUAAACGAUAG